CACAUGCGUGAGGCUGCUGAACGGCGGCAGCAGCUGGAGUUGGAGCAUGAGCAAGCCCUGGCUGUCCUCAACGCUAAGCAGCAGGAGAUCGAGCUUCUGCAGAAGGCUCAGGUUGAAGCUAAGAAAGAGCACGAGGGAGCCGUGCAGCUGCUAGAGAGCGCCCUGGACAGCAUGCAGUGCAAGGUUCGCGAGCUGGAAGAGAAAUGCCGGACGCAGAGUGAGCAGUUCAGCCGGCUGUCCCGGGACCUGGAGAAGUUCCGGCAGCAGGCCGGGAAGAUUGACCUGCUGGGCAGUGGCUCGGUGGCCUCGCUGGACAUCCCCUUGGCCCCCAGCAAACCUUUCCCGCAGUUCAUGAAUGGACUAGCCACCUCCAUUGGCAAAGGUCACGAGAGUGCCCCUGGACACUACCCUGCGGUUGGUGACUAUUCCCCGCUCUCAGGGGGCAAGCCGGAGCUGCUGUCUGCCAACCCCACCUUCCUGUCGCCAUCAGGGAGCCCAAGAUGCAGAUUUGAGUCAGAUAUGGACAAUGAACAGAACUCCAACACCUCGAAGCAGAGAUACUCGGGCAAGGUCCACCUGUGUGUCGCCCGCUACAGUUAUAACCCCUUCGAUGGGCCGAAUGAAAACCCGGAGGCCGAGCUGCCCCUCACGGCGGGGAAGUACCUCUAUGUGUACGGGGACAUGGACGAGGACGGGUUCUACGAAGGGGAGCUCCUGGAUGGACAGAGGGGCCUGGUGCCCUCCAACUUCGUGGAUUUCAUCCAGGACAACGAGUCGCGGUUGGCAAGCACUCUGGGGACCGAGCAGGAUCAGAACUUCAUCAACCACUCGGGCCUCGGCCUGGGGAGCGAGAACAUCCUGGACCUCCACUCCCCGACUCGCACAGACCCGGGCAUUACUGAUGACGGCGGGGGGACGCUGGAUGUGAACAUCGAUGACAUUGGAGAAGACAUUGUGCCUUACCCUAGAAAAAUCACCCUUAUCAAACAGCUUGCCAAAAGUGUCAUUGUGGGCUGGGAGCCCCCAGCCGUGCCGCCGGGCUGGGGGACUGUGAGCAGCUACAAUGUCCUGGUGGACAAGGAGACGCGGGUGAGCCUAGCCCUGGGCAGCAGAACCAAGGCCCUCAUCGAGAAGCUCAACACGGCCGCCUGCACCUACCGCAUCUCCGUGCAGUGCGUCACGAGCAGGGGCAGCUCGGACGAGCUGCGGUGCACGCUGCUGGUGGGCAAGGACGUGGCCGUGGCCCCCUCCCACCUGCGCGUGGACAACAUUACGCAGAUCUCCGCCCGGCUCUCCUGGCUGCCCACCAACAGCAACUACAGCCACGUCAUCUUCCUUAACGAGGAGGAGUUCGACGUCGUCAAGGCCGCGCGGUACAAGUACCAGUUCCUCAACCUGAGGCCCAACAUGGCCUAUAAGGUGAAGGUCCUUGCCAAGCCCCACCAGAUGCCCUGGCAGCUGCCGCUGGAGCAGAGGGAGAAGAAGGAGGCCUUCGUGGAGUUCUCCACGCUGCCCGCAGGCCCUCCGGCACCUCCCCAAGAUGUCACUGUCCAAGCAGGGGCCAUGGCAUCCACCAUCCAGGUCUCCUGGAAGCCGCCGAUGCUGACCCCCACUGGACUGUCCAAUGGGGCGAACGUCACCGGCUAUGGCGUAUAUGCCAAGGGGCAGAGGGUGGCUGAGGUCAUCUUCCCAACGGCAGACAGCACCGCAGUGGAGCUUGUGCGCCUGCGGAGCUUGGAGGCCAAGGCCGUGACAGUGCGGACCCUCUCUGCCCAGGGCGAGUCCGUGGACUCUGUGUUUGCUGCCAUCCCCCUCGACCUCCUGGUGCCUCCAACCCCCCACCCGAGAGCUACGCCCCCACCGAAGCCAUUACUAAGUGCUCCCGACACCAAAGACAAGCCCCUGUGUCCCCACACCAAGGUGGAGGAGUCCUGGGAGCAGAGCCGCGCCCCCGCCCCGGUGCACGGGCACAUGCUGGAGCCGCCUGACCUGCAAGGCUCCGGCCCUGGGCGGAGGUCGCCUUCUCCCAGCCGCAUCCUCCCGCAGCCGCAGGGGGCCCCGGUGUCCACCACCGUUGCCAAGGCCAUGGCCCGUGAGGCUGCGCAGAGGGUGGCCGAGAGCAGCAGGCUAGAGAAAAGGAGCCUCCUCCCUGAGCGGAGCAGCCUGGGGCGCUGUGCCAGCUCCGACGAGGAGGACGGCUUCGCCUCCCCCGAGCUCAAGCGGAGAGGCGCCUCCGUGGACGACUUCCUCAAGGGCUCAGAGCUGGGCAAGCCGCCCCCUUGUUGCCAUGGAGACGAGUACCCCACGGAGAGCAGCCGGGGCUCCGACCUCUCGGACAUCAUGGAGGAGGAUGAGGAGGAGCUGUCCUCGGAGAUGCAGCUGGAGGACGGGGGCAGGAGGCGGCCCAGCGGCACCUCCCAUAAUGCGCUCAAGAUUCUAGGAAACCCAGCAUCUGCCGGACGUGUGGACAGGGCAGAUCAUGUGGGCAGGAGGUUUUCCCACGGUGGCACUGGUCCUCAGAGGCCCCGGCCGACGGUGGUCCCAUCUAUUGAUGAGUAUGCCGGGCGCGACCGCCUCUCUCCAGACUUCUACGAGGAGUCGGAGACGGACCCUGGAGCCGAGGAGCCCCCAGCCCGCAUCUUUGUGGCUCUGUUUGACUAUGACCCACUCACCAUGUCCCCGAACCCUGACGCUGCAGAGGAGGAACUUCCCUUCAAGGAAGGACAGAUCAUCAAGGUCUACGGAGACAAAGACGCAGAUGGCUUCUACCGCGGGGAGACCUGCGCCCGGCUCGGCCUCAUUCCCUGCAACAUGGUCUCCGAGAUCCAAGCUGAUGAUGAGGAGAUGACUGACCAGCUGCUAAGACAAGGCUUCCUGCCCUUGAGCACGCCUGUGGAGAAAAUAGAGAGAAGUAGAAGAAGCAGCAGGCAGCGCCCCGUGUCCACAAGAAGAGUGGUGGCUCUGUACGACUAUGACCCCCGUGAGAGCUCGCCCAACGUGGAUGUUGAGGCUGAACUUACGUUUUGCACGGGAGAUAUUAUCACUGUUUUUGGUGAAAUCGAUGAAGAUGGAUUUUAUUAUGGGGAGCUCAAUGGGCUGAAAGGCCUGGUGCCUUCCAACUUCCUGGAGGAAGUGCCUGAGGACGUGGAAGUCUACCUCUCCGACGCCCCGUCCCCCUACUCUCAAGACGCACCCCCGCGCUCCAAGGCCAAAAGGAAGAGCGUUCAUUUCACACCCUAAUCAGGCAUGUAGCCUUCACGUAAGUGAGCAGCCGGAGACACCUAGCGAGAUGCCGACUUAAGCUACCUAACGGACCAGUGCGGUAGACUUAAGCUUCACUGUGGCCUAGAGAGGAAAGAAAUAUGUCUCAAAAAACACUGGACCUAAAGUGCUAGCACAUCCCUCGGCCUCAGUUGUAAACAACUGAAUUUGUAGUGAAACCAAUCAGCUUUAAUGAUCAUUUCCUGCUAUUUUCAUUAAGAGCAUUUGAAAGGCCGACAUUGGGAACAUAUUUCUUACAAGCCAGUUGUCUGUUUACAUAGAAUUCCAACGUCUGCUCUUCCUCAAAGCUGCAUAUUGCAUUGUUAGCCACCCUUGGAAAAAGCACAAGCUACCCAGUACGUUUACCAUAGGAUUUUUCCUAAAAAUAAAACCAAAAACAAACACCUCUAGUUCAAGAUCAAGUAGAUGAGUGGUGAACACACAGGGGUGGUGCGGGCUCCGGCCUGAGUGCCAGAGACCACACCUCCACUGAGGAGCAAGCGUCGGCACAGACGCAGCCAGGCCUGGGUACCAAUGCAAUACCACGUUCCAGGGACGUGCAGCUCCGAGGGUUGCACUGGGGGCAGGAGACGCAACUUCAGGUGUGCUUUGGGAUGCAUCCCUAGGUGUUUCCACGAGGGCUAGACCUUGAUUCUGAAUCCAAGCAAGCUUGAAGCCCUUGGCUCCUGUCCUUUUCCUGCUGCACAGUGAGGCCCACUUAGUGGGGUCUGCUCUGGAGAGGUUGGGGAAGGAGUCAUGUAAUCCCAGGCAUGCACCCAGCCGCAGAAAGUCACAAGUCAAAGUUGCCACCUGGCACAUUGAAACAAAGCCCCGCCCUCCUAAGCAUGGUUGAUAAGCACCUGGAGUCUAUGGAAACACUCCACAGGCCACAUGCCGGUGACAGACGUGCAAUUAUGUGCGAACAACAGAAGCAUAAAUAAGGGCCUUUAAGCUUUCUUUGAUUGUAAUUAAGGUUCAUUUUAGUUUUUUUCCUUUCAACCAGUGUGCCAUCUCCAAUGUUUCUAUAGUAUCCUAACUAAUCCAAGAACGCACUCAACAGCAUCAGGGUUUUAUAUAACCAAGUAGUUUCCAAAUGCACCCAAACUGCCUGUAAGAACUUUUGCUUUUAAGACGACUGAUGGGUACUUGGCCAACUUUGCUAUCAAUCUCAUUUAAAGCACUUCCCUGCUUUUAGUCUGAAUUCGGUCAAUGUGACCCAGCUUUGUUUACCAAAGCGGUGGCCACCCUCUCCUAGUGCAGACACGGGAGGCUAACCACGCCAGACCUGUUAGGGUGCCCUGGGAGUGGGCGUGUGCCACUCAUUGCACAUGCAGACUGAAGGCAGCGCGGGAGCCGGGGCGGCGCGCGGUACCGAGUGAAUGGCUAUUGUUGGCGCUCACACACUCAAACUGUUACAAUGUACCUACUAGGUUCCUCCUGAGGGUUCAGGGCCAGCAAGGAGAGCUCCAUCCCCCACAGCCCAUCUCCAUACGGGGUCACCUACGUCAUCUAUG